AUGGCGACAGCGACUCUCCCAAUGCUUCCGCCGUCGCGGCAGGCCAUAGUGCAGUCGGCCAAAAGCCCCGGGACGUUUGAGCUAUGCUCCAACCUACCCAUGCCGGACGUGCCGCCCGACCAUGUUCUCAUCAAGGUGAAUGCAGUGGCAGUGAACCACUGCGACUACAAGAUGCCGGCCAGGGUGCCGUGUCCCGGCGCGGUUGACGGUUCUGACUUCUCCGGCGUCGUGGUGCGCCUCGGCGAGUCCGUGGCUCGCACGCCCGGCGGCCUGCGGAUCGGCGAUCGCGUUGCCGGGGCCCAGAUGGGAAACCAGCGCCGCCGGCCCUGGUCGGGCGCCUUUGCCGAAUACAUUUCCGAGAAGGCCGACAACAUCUGGCGCGUGCCCGAGCGCCUCUCCUGGGAACAAGCGGCCUCGAUCGGCUGCGCCGUGACCACCAGCGUGGGCAUGGCGCUCUGGUGGGUGAUGAAGCUGCGCGGGACGCCCGAGAAACCAACCCCUGAUCCCAAGUUCAUUCUUGUCUACGGGGGUUCUACUGCCAGCGGCACUUUUGCCAUCCAACUGCUGAAGCUUGCGUUCCCGCUCAGCUCGGGCUACCGCGUCGUAACAACCUGCUCUCCCAAGAACUUCCAGCUGGUGGAGGAGUACGGUGCGGAGAAGGCCUUUGAUUACCACUCGCCGACGUGCGGGGAGGACAUACGGGCAUACACCAAGAACUCGCUGGAAUACGCGCUGGACAUCAUCACGGAGGCGCGGACCAUCCGCCAGUGCUACGCGGCCAUUGGCCGUGGUGGCGGCAGAUACAUUGGCUUUGAGCUCCUGCCGGAGGACCUGAUGGCCACGAUGCGGAAGACGGUCAAGCCGACAUGGGUGCUGGGGCUGGAGGUAGUCGGGGAGGAGUUGGACCUCCCCGGAGGGUAUUAUCGCAAGGAGAACCCUGAACUGCAUGCCUGGAUUCAUGUGUGGAUCAAGGAGUUUGUCGCCUUGUAUGAGGCCGGGAAGCUAAAGCCACAUCCCAUGCAGGUGAAUCCGGGUGGACUGCCAAAAGUGAUGGAUGGCAUCGGGUCUUUGCAGCGCAAGGAGGUCUCAGCCCAGAAGCUGGUGUACCCGCUAUCCAAGUGCCGCAGUAUCGGUCUGGUCACUACGAAGUCGCCUUCUCCUAUCUCCAUCCCUGGACAGGACGCCAAUAUGCUCAAGACGGCGGUCAAGCGCUCUGCCUGCGACCAGUGCAGAGCGAAGCGAAUACGGUGCCUCCGCGCCGAGAACAGCACGGCCGCGUGCGCCCGCUGCUCCCACAUCGGUGCGCGAUGCGUGACAGGCGCGCCUGGUCAUCCCGGGAGACCGCCCAAGCGGCGCCUCGUCGAUGACAACGGCACGCCCAGAGGCAGCCCCGCGGCGAGCCCGGCCGACGUCUCCUCGCCCGGCACGGGGCGGCGGCACCGCGCGUCGGCUUUGCGAGACAUGAACCAUGUCGAGGCCUAUGCCCCUGCGAUGGUAGCGGAUCCCGCACCGUUCGGCGGCACGACUGCAAGAGCGUCGCGGUGCAAGGUAGACAUGCCCGCGCCGUGGGACGGGCGGCUAGACGGCAUCGCGGGAUCGGACCUCGCAGGUUCCAAGUCCGCCGUACAUCCACAGCCGCCAUUACCUCACGGUGGACCCCAGCCGAACUUCUGGGGAGCGCCAGGCGACGGCCCUGCUUUCUUUGACUCCCCCUCGACCGAGGAUAGCCUUGCGUCCGGUGAGGAUAUCCUCGCCAUGGUGGAUCAGCUCAGCACUCCACCGCAACUUCAGGGACUACUCGGUACAAACGAUGAACUCGACGCGAUGCUCCAUAUGGACCAAGACUCUGGCGGCACCGGUCUCAACAUGGAUAUUAUUGAUCCUCUUCUGGGGCCAUGGGACAGGGCCGUUCUUCCCUCGAGUCCCCCACCACAAUCCCCAAGCCCAGCAAGCUCGCUGAUGCGGUUCCGAGAGGAGAUGGAGCAACGCAAUGCCGUGGUGGACGCAUACUUCUCAGACCCCCUCAAAGUCGUGCAGGGCUGCAAAGAGGAGGGUGCGGGUGAGGAGGGGGCCGAGAAUCCAGCUGCGUUACUCCUUACGUGCAGCAAAGAGUUCAUCGACAUCAUCCAGAGCCUGACGCCGGUGGCGGCGCCGGGCCAGAUGCACAUGCAGAGCGAGGAUGCGCUCAGCACAGAGAUCGUGCUCCUCGCUCUGUCGAGCUACCUUGCAUUGAUAAGACUCUUCGACUCGCUGUUCUACACCAUCUACAAGCUCAUCUGCGAGAUGCCGCCAGACUCGUUCAAGUCGGUCAAGGUCAAGUCGGUGCUCCGCAUUGGAGGCAUCUCCUCGCUUCAGGACAUGCCGCUCAAGACGUAUGCCACAGGCAUCCUCGAUGCCAUCCAGGGCCAGAUGCGGACCCUGGAGCGCUGCAUGGGGAUUCCGACCGAGUGCUGUCUCUCAGGCGAGGCGACUGCACCGCCGACGCAGGGGAUAUUCUCCCGUGCAGAUCGAGCGCAGCUGUUUUGGGCGGUUAUGUCACAGGAGGAUGUCAAGUCACGGCGGGGAGGCAAGUCGUACGCAGAGUCGAUACGGGCCAGUAUCCAGGGUUCAAUGAGGUUUCUCGAGGACUAG